UCUCGCACACAUCGUCAGCUUGUGCGCAGUGUUCCGCUGGAAAGCACCCUGCUAAAAUCGCCACCAACUGUACUUUUCAACAUCACUACCGGUAAGGACAGAGGAAGAAGAAAAAAAAAGACAAUAAAAAACAUCCUUUUUCAAGAUUGUUGACGGAUCCGAGCAAGAGAGAAAACUGAUUUAGCUGAUCAGAGGGAAGAGCCACUGCAGGAAGAUGUCUCAGAGUUGUCUGAACUGUCUGAAGUACACAAUGUGUGCUGUGAACCUCGUAUGCUGGCUGUGUGGGGUUUCUGUCCUGGGUUUUGGGAUUUAUUUGAUGACAAACUCCUCGUUCUCAUCACUGAUGCCCACCCUGGCAUACCUGAAUGUACCCAACUUCCUGGUCAUCACGGGCACCAUCGUCACCUGCAUAUCCUUUCUGGGAUUCCUCGGUGCCCUCAAGGAGAAUCGCUGUCUGCUCAUCUCUUACUUUAUUCUGCUGUUUAUCCUGAUGUUGGCAGAGCUGUCCAUUGCCUGUACCCUGCUUGUAUACGAGGAAAAGUAUGAAAAGUUUAUUGAGCAAGAUCUAAUGAACAGUCUGAACCAGACCAGGGACCAGAAACAGAAAAACCCAAAACACAUAGACGACUGGGACACAAUCCAGAGCCUGUUCCACUGCUGUGGGGUCUACAAUAUGUCUGACUGGAAGACCAAUGUACCUGAUUCAUGUUGCGCUACCAACCCCUGCACACCUCAGAAUUACUGGUUAGAGGGCUGCUAUAAGAAGUUCAAGAACUGGUUCGAUAAUAACUUCUUGAGCGCAGGAGCAGGCAUGAUUGGCCUCUGCAUCAUUGAGGUCCUGGGCAUGUGCUUUUCUAUGACCCUGUUCUGCCACAUCAGCCGGUCCGGACUGGGCUACAAGUAGGAGAACCUUCCCUCUCCACCUGUCCUACAGCUACACUGAAAUCAAGGAAUACCCGUGUGUGCUUUCAGUCAAAUGAACUAUAAUCUGUAAUCUAUAAUCUCAUUAGACAGCAGUGUUAGAUACUGGUUAUUACUUGAUAGAAGUGUUAUAUCCUGUUAUGUCAAUCAUCCCAGCACUUUCAUUUUAUAUCUGCUUUUAAUAAAUGUAAUAAUAAACUGAUAAUAUAAACAUUUGUAUGAUGAUAUAAAUUACAUUAUGAUGAUGUAAAGUUAUAUUGCCGUGAUUGGCCAUAGAGUGUUUAACUUCAAGUGAACUUUUUUUAUGUUGAAGCUGCAGCAUAUUUCCUUUACUCUAUGAGCAUGACUGCUUUGUGCCCAUAUAUUCUGGAACGUUGGUUCACUUUGAUCCUGUUCCCAUGUUUUUAUUCUUCUUGCUGAUCUGGAAUAGAAGCCUUAUUUAUUCAACUUUGAAAGCCCAACACUUGAAUUAAACAUUGAAAUUAAAAAGGGCCACGCUUAAACAAAUUA